AUGAAUGCUUUACUCGGUUGCGAUGAAGAUGGUGAUACGGACGAAUUGCUUCGCGCUGCUGCUGCUCAGGCCGAAUCCAGUCGGUUAAUAGACGAUGACGAACUGGUCAGGAAGAUUGCAACGGGUGCACCGGGUGAUGCUUCUGACGACGACGAUGAUGUUCAUUCUAUUGACUUGUCACGGAUCAAAUCAGGAUUUCUGGAUCUGGAUGGUGAUAUGAAUCCAGACGCCCCCGUUGUCGACGGACAGAAAGAAGUAAAUCUUGGAACAGCGGCACUUGAUACUGUCAUGAAAACAGCUGGUCCCCUUGGUCCCUCAGCUGCUGGUGCAGGUCAGGAUCCAUCUCGUCUGACGAACCGAGUUCAACAACCUUUUCAACCCGGAUCAAUGCCUUUGGGUUUUCAUGAACGUUUUAUGGUGUGGAAUCGUUACGGACUAGUUAUACAGUACCGCUCAACUGAUUCAGAUACAGAAAAGCCGGACGACGUGGAACUGACAUCAGCUGGCAGUAUUGAGGUGGAGUUCCAUGAUACAACUGUACACCACAGUCUGCGUCUGAGCAACACAACCGGGUACACCAUGGCUGACUUGAGUCUCACCGGUUUACUCCUAGCUUCACCUGGUGUUCACGAUCCCAGCUUGGUGGAUGAUGCAGACACCGGCGAGCUGAUUGACCCCUCAGAUAUUAGUCAGAUUGCUGUUCUUCCACUUGAUACAAGCAAGGUGGGAGGUGGUGACUCGUCUUCCGAAUGGACAAUCAAGCUUCCUCCGGGGGAAGCCUGUGAAGCGGUUUGCUUAGUUCCUAGUGAUGACUUUCAAACGAAUCAAACGGAACCGGGGUAUGCAGUUGUGGCUACGUCCCGUCGUUUUCUUCGUAUAUUCGCCCAGCCUACACCGUCCGCAGCAUUAUUACGACCUUCAACCAGUCUACAUUUAUUCCAGAUCACAAAAUUGGGCCUUCCUCCAGUAAGCUUACCUGGAUGUGGCGUUGUGGCGAUGGCCAGUCAUCCUUCUAGAGCAGUUUUAGUUAAACUUACCUGGUUCGGCUUUUCCGAUUUGGGUGGGCUGUUUACGCAUGAUGCUUCUGGAGUUGUUAGACGACUAAUCCACGGUCGCUGUGCACCAACCCAAGAUUACCACUGGGCGCCUGUUUGUGAUACUCGUGCGGUUCUGAAACCAUCAAAUCGUCAUUCCGAUACUUAUUUCAUUGUCGGUGUUGUCGAAUCUGCAGACACCCCAGCAGGUACUCUUUCAGCAGACCAUAUCGCCUCCGAAUCAGACAGAGAGGCUCCCGGAAUUGGCCAGUUACAAGCACUCUAUUGUAAAGCGUCAAAAUGGCCAAGAGUAUUUCCUCGUCCUGUAAUUUGCAGUUUGCCUUUUCGCUUGCCGCUAUGUUCCAUGGAUACAGAUCAGGGUAGUCUCGAAGAAACGGACUCUCGCUCUCAUCAACAUCCGUCUGGUUCACGUGACGAAGAUUUGACUAAUGUCUCACUCGUCAGUUCGGCCACGGAUGAUACACACGAGGAAGGUCACAUUAGCGGUCUUCCCUUACCGGACUCGGAGCCUAUCACACAAUCAUUGUUAUCAAACACACCAUCCACUGCUCGUAACCCAUUUCGGGACUCAUUUUCAAGCAAGAUCCCGUCAAACACGGGCACCCCGCGCGAUGAACCCAAACUGCGUGCCCGUGGAAGUGAAGUGUUGGACACCUGGCAACCACUGGAAUCUGUUGCUGGUGUGGAUAACACUGGUUCGAAAGUGACAAAGAAAGUAACCCAAUCGAACAAAAAACGUAUCGCACCGGUUUCUGCUGAGAAGCGUCGUUCAAAAAUUGCGAAACCAUCUGUGUUGCAGACGGAAGAUGUCGAGGGAUUCAUGGAGUGGUUUGAUGCCAACCGGGAACAGUUAGAAGAAGAAUACCCAGAACAGUCGGCUGAGGAGUUAUUGCGCACUGCUCGAGGAGAAUAUCAAAAGAUGAAAGCGUCGGUUAUCUCAGCCGAACUCAGAGGGAAAGAAAACGAGACACCCAGUUCUCAGAUCUCUUCACAAAAAGCUUCCAAAAAGGGCGGUAAAUCCAAUUUCGCACACAAAGCUUCGAAACGUUUAUCCUCCUUCAAAUUUGACACAAACGAAGAUAAUUGA